AUGUUGCUCGCUAUCGUGCUCAGCUGCUCUGCUCUGACGAUUGCUUGUGGACUUUCUGGGUCGCACAUUUCGAGCGACACUACAGGUGUCAAGAAAAGAGCCAGAGGAGGAGAUCCGCUACAAAGCCUCAGGAUCUUGAAUCCCUACCCAGGCAUAUUUGCGUACUAUGACGGUCGCACAGGAGAGCGAUUCCAUUCGGAUCAGCCCAACUGGCUCGACGAUGGAGCUUUCACUCUCGGUGUCUCGACGUACUCAAUCAUUGAUGGAAAUGAGGCUAUCAUCUUUGACUCUCACAUCACACCGGAUCAUGCUGGCGCCGUAAUGCGCCAUGUCCAGAGCCAGGGAGUCGUCAAGAUGUCUUUGGUAAUCAGCCACUUCCACAAUGACCACAUUGCGGGAACCGAUGUUUUCGCUAAAGGAGGCGCCACGAUCGUGGGAAACGACAAGACGGCACAGACGGUGGAGAAGAAUACGCAGAGUCUUGCUGCCGAUGACCCUCCAAUUCAGGCCGUUCCUCCAACCGAUCUCUACACCGGCACAAGGGCUAUGAAAGUUGGAAACCUGAGCAUCGAACUACACAACUUUCAAAUCCACACCCCUGAUGGAACUGUACUGUGGAUUCCUUCGAAGCAGCUGUUGUUCGCUGGUGACACUCUUGAAGACACGGCAACUUUCAUCGCUGACGCCAGAAGCCUGCCCACACAUCAGAAAGAGCUUCAACGCAUGACGACGUUUCCUAUUUCAAAGAUUUUACCGGCUCAUGGGGAACCCAACCGGAUUGCUACGGGUGGCUACAACGCAACAUUCAUAAACGCCACACUGCGGUAUAUCGAGGCCAUGACAGAAGAUGUGCCUCAGCCAGCUGCCUGGACUCAGCCUCUUUCUCAAGUUGUUGCAGCUGAUGUAGCCAGCGGCGAACUGAUAUACUUCAGUCAGUACGAGGAGGUGCACAAAAGCAACGCAAACUCGAUUCAAAGGACUCGGGGAAGAGGGAACAGGGACUGA